AGAUAAAGAGGGAAAAGGGGGAACAUUAUUUUGAUGCAGAUCACCAUGGUUACCGCGUCAACGAUUUAACGAAUGUCCUUUGUUGUCCUCCGCGGCCUUUGUGAAUGUUCUAAAACAGAGGUGAGCAUCCUAUGGCUCUCACGCCACUCAGCAAAAGUUAAACAUUUACGGAUGACAUUGGCAUAAAACGACUUUUGUACAUUGGAUACAUCUGGAAUAUUUACCAUGUUUUUUUAAGACGAAAGGAAAACGUUUUAGAGAACAGAUAUAAUAACCCAACUGCUAUAAAUCCAGGAUUGAAUUACUGUGAAAUAUUGGCCCUGAGUGAAGAUUCAUAGCAACAUUUCUCCAUCUCAUUAUCUGGUGCUUUUGCAUUCUAAUUGAACUUGAAUAUAUUUACAAAGGAGUUUGCAGCAUCUUUAGAUAUUGAUAAAGAUCACAGUUGAUAGCAGUAGAAAUAUUUCUAAGGAAUAAAUUACUACAAGAAAAAGAAAAAAGGAAUUAUAUGCUGAGGUGAAAACUUCAAUGGUUGGAUCUAUUUGUAUCCUUUGGAGAAAUGUCAAAAGAAUUAGGAAAAUCAGAACAUUAUUGUGAAAUCUGUGGGAAAUCAUACUCUAGAAGUAGUGAAUUGAUCAAACACAUUCGUGUCCAUACAGGUGAGAAGCCAUUUCACUGUGAUACCUGUAGUAAAUCAUUCUCUCAGAACAGUGACUUAACUAAACACAAACGUAUUCAUACAGGAGAGAAACCAUUUCCGUGUGAUAUCUGUGGUAAAUCAUUCUCUGUAAACAGUAUUUUAAUUGAACACAAAAGAAUUCAUACAGGAGAAAAACCGUAUCACUGUGAUAUUUGUGGUAAAUCAUUCUCUCACAGAAGUGCCUUAAUUAUACACAAACGUAUUCAUACAGGUGAGAAGCCAUAUGCGUGUGAUGUCUGUGGGAAAUCAUUCUCUGAUAGAAGUGCCUUAAUUAGUCACAAACGUAAUCACACAGGAGAUAAGCCAUUUCCGUGUGAUAUCUGUGGUAAAUCAUUUCCUACAAACAGUCAUUUAACUCAACACGGACGUAUUCACACAGGAGAGAAACCAUUUCAAUGUGAUAUCUGUGGUAAAUCAUUCUCUGUAAGCAGUAAUUUAAUUGGACACAAACGAAUUCAUACAGGAGAAAAGCCGUAUCACUGUAAUAUCUGUGGUAAAUCAUUCUCUGACGGAAAACCUUACCCUGAAGUCCAGAUCCCUGUUGAUGAUUUUGCUGCCAUUCUUCAGCGUUUGUCCCAGCUGAAGUUCAUCAAUCGGAUCCCUAAGGCUGCUGAGACUUAUUUUGUCUGUGUUCUCUCAAAACUGCCGCAGAAAGUCUUCCGAUUGGCAGCAACUGUUCCUAUUCCCUUUGGUUUCCCUCUACGCAAUGAAUGGGAAUAA